UGCCGGGGCCUGCGCUGGGGACUGCCGGCCGGCGCCGGGGACCCGAGGGGACUCUUGGGCCAGGACAGCAUGUGACACUUCCCAGGAUUCAGCCCUGAUGGAAGCUGAGGGGCCCCAACACGGAGCGGCGACCCCCAUUCCUGCCAGAGUGGAAUUCAGUAUUAUCCUGGCAGCUCCCAUGAGAAGCAGGCAGACCCCUGCCUUGGAACCUGAAGCUGAAGAGGGCGAGGAUCCACCCUAUCAGUGGGCAGAGAGACACGGACUCUUGGAGACCCAGCAGAGACAUGUAAGGGAUGUGAAUGACUGUGCAACUGAGAGCAUGACCUCUUUUCCCAUCGAAGCCUCUGCAGAUGUGGAGACCGACCAGGAAAGCCUGAUGGCUGAGGCCUGUGACACUCCAGAGCAUCAGGAGGCAGGGCCCCAGUGCCCAGCGGAUAGACAGGCAAGGCCGCCAGCUCCCCCAGAGCUCUGGGCCUGCCCCAGCCAGGGUGAAUAUCUAGACACGGCCUCAAUAUCCAGUGAACUGGGUAGCAGCAUGGAGGUGGAAUUUAAACCAGAGCUCACUUCUUUGGUAUUGGAAACCGGACAAGCCGAAGGAGAGGAGGAAACUUCCCCAGACACCUCUGCCCAGACCGGAUGUGGGCCUUGCUGUGAAGAGUACCCUGCGGAGACCAACCAGCCACAGGACUCAGAAAGUGGACCUACCAGGCGGGAAAGUCCAGAGAGAGAAGGGGCCGUGUGUCUCCAGAAGGCCGAGGAGCUGGAGGGACGGGGACUUCAGGGGGAGGGAACUCUGCGGGAGGAUGUUUGCUCUGAUGGGCUUUCGGGGGAGCAGAUGGGAGAGCAGGUUAGCGGAACAGAGGAAGAACAGAGACAAAACCAGCGGCGGAUUCAAGACGAUGUGAUGCUUGCAGAACAAGGAGAAAGCAAGGGCCAUAGUGGGGAACUGGGAGGUCUGAGUUCUGGUGAGUGGCACUGGAGGUCUCACGGCCACAGGGAUCUAGAACAAGGGGAACAGGAGAGCGGGGAGUUGACGGGGCCAGAGGAGAGGAAGGUGGAUGCUCAGUACGAGGAGAAUGAAAGCUUAGUGGGGAAAUCAGUGAAAGUCGCUGGAAAGCAAGAAGAUCAGGGUCUACAGGGGAAAGCGAUGCCAGUAGAGGGGCAGGAGGAGAAGGCAGGGUCAAGCGAGGACGUGGGCAGUGGGCGUGGGGACACCCUGGGGGCAGGGGGAGAAGAGAGGCAUACAGAGGAAGGAGGAGAGCGUGAUGUUCCUGCCACACUGGCUCUGGUAGCCCCUGAGGUCUCUUCUCCCCAUGACUUGUUUCCAGAUGCCUGUUGUCCCACAGCCAGGAUCCCCGGGACUCAGACAGAGCCUAGGGCUGAGGAACCAUCCCCUGUAGCUCUGACUCCUGCCCUGGAGCUAGUAGGAUGGUCCCAGCAGCUCAUUUCUUUACCUCAUUCCUUUCCUGCCGCGGAGUCGCCUGACCAAGAAACAGCUCAGUACAACCAGCGAGUGGGCUCUGAGCUGGAGAAGGGGACAGCAUCCAGCCGGGGAGAGGAGGGGGUCUCUGUGACCCCUCCAAGGACAGCAGCGUCAGCCCCUCCCAGCCCUCCUGAAGUCUCCGCCGGCAUGACUGCCUCAUCCUCUGCGGGCCCCCAAGUCGCCUUCCCCAGGAGGGAGCCCUGGGUUGCUGCAUGUUCUCCAGAAAUGUCCGGAGCCUCUCGACCCACCGACAGCCCAUCUCCCUGUGGGGCUUCUGAGGGCCCUGCAGCUGCCCUCCACGACUUCCCCUCAGCAGGCCAGGCCAGCCCUCAGGGUCCCCCAGGCAACCACACUGGGGUGGCCCAGCACCGGAGGGGCCACUCCUUCCUGGGCUCUCACAGGGCAGAACCGACUCCGGACCUGGCGGGAGUAUCACUCUCCUUCUCCCACUCAGAGUUGCCCCAGAGACGCCCCAAAGCUGCCAUCUAUGGCUCUGUGAGCCCAAGAAGGGGCAGGAAAGGCGGAAGGGACUGUGCCGUCAUUCCGGGAUCCUCAAGUUCACUACCCGCUCCAGGGCAGGACUCUCAAGAACUGGCCUCAAACCCAGCAAGGCCUGGCAGCCCCCAAAGCAGUCGGCCGUGGGCCUCCACACAUCCCUCGGCCUUUGCCCCAGGAUCUCCUGCCCAUGGCCCUUCCCCACCCACUGUCUCCGUAGAUGAGAGGACCCGUGAGCCUCCACCCCCUCCUGCCCCAGAGAAGAGGCGCGUCCGCUCUACGGUGGAGGGAGACGGCCAUCGCUCUGCCGUGGUCCCCACGCAGAGACGGUAUAGCCAUCCUCCCCUGGCCCUAGGUUUAGGGCUGCACGGCCACCCCAAAGGCCCACUGCCCCGAGUUCCUGACCCCCUUGUGGCAAGGCAGCACCGACCCCUGCCCUCUACCCCGGACACCCCUGACCAUACUCAGACCUCUUUCUCUCCCAGGCAAAGAUACAACAAGCCAUUACCCCCAACUCCCGAUUUGUCUCAGCCACACCCUUCUCCUGUUUCUUCUUCGAGGAGCUCCAGGAUCUACAGGCCUCUCCCCCCGGUCCCUGUUGUGAACCCUCCUACUGAACCACCACCGUUACCCCCAAAGUCCAGGGAGAGGAGCAGGCUCGCCCAGGGGGGACUCGGAGAUUCAGGGGGUCAGGCCAGGACCAGGCCAGUUUGUCAAGAGUGGACCAUCUCCACUCCCCAUUCUGCGGGACGUGUCUCCUGGCCUCCGGCCACGGGCAGAUCGACAGACUCUUCGUCUCCCGCCAGUAGGAGUAAGAGUGAAGUGCCCCCUGGCAUGGCUUUCAGUAACAUGACAGCUCUUGUAAGUCCCGCUUUCCCGACCACCCCCUGGACACUGGAGGUCCAGGGACCCACCACGGAAGAGCCUGAGGUCCCUGCCAGAAGAUCUUUCAGAAGGAUCUUCCCCCAGGAAGGAGCCAAUGGCCUGAGGAGGUCGGAUCUAGGCCGAACAAGGCAGCCAGAGAAGCCCAGCCAUCCCCACCUGGAGAAGGCGUCCAGCUGGCCUCACAGACGGGACUCAGGGAGACCAGCGGAGGGCAGCAGUGGACAGGUGGGGGUCCCUAGUGAGGGGUCGAGUAAGCACAAGGACUGGCACCGGCAGGGCCUGCGCAGACCCUCCAUCCUACCCGAGGGCCCUUCAGGAGGUCCAGCCGUGGAAAAAUCCCCUAGCCUUUCAGAUGCCAUUGUUUUUCGGGAGAAAAAGCCAAAGGAGGUGAUGGGAGGCUUUUCAAGACGUUGCUCCAAGCUCAUCAAUUCCUCUCAGCUGCUUUACCAGGAGUACAGCGAUGUGUUUCUGAACAAGGAGAUCCAGAGCCAGCAGCGGCUGGACAGCCUGACAGAGGCACCGGGGCCCGCCUCCCCCCGGCAGCCCCGAAAGGCCUUGGUGUCCUCGGAGUCCUACCUGAAACGCCUCUCCAUGGCCUCCAGUGGCUCCCUCUGGCAGGAAAUCCCCGUGGUGCGCAAUAGCACCGUGCUGCUCUCCAUGACCCACGAAGACCAAAAACUCCAGGAGGCCAAAUUUGAGCUGAUUGUGUCAGAGGCCUCCUACCUGCGCAGUCUACAUAUAGCCGUGGAUCAUUUCCAACAUUCAGAGCAGCUGCGGGCCACCCUUUCCAACCAGGAUCAUCAAUGGCUCUUCUCUCGUUUACAGGAUGUGCGUGACGUCAGCACCAUGUUCCUUUCAGACCUGGAAGAGAACUUUGAGGGCAACAUCUUCACCUUCCAAGUGUGUGAUGUGGUUCUGAGCCAUGCCCCCGACUUCCGCCGGGUCUACCUGCCUUAUGUCACCAACCAGACCUACCAGGAACGCACCUUCCAAAGCCUGCUGACUAGCAACAGCAGUUUCCGAGAGGUCCUGGAGAAGCUGGAGAGUGACCCCAUCUGCCAACGCCUUUCCCUCAAGUCCUUUCUCAUUCUGCCCUUCCAGCGCAUCACCCGUCUCAAGCUGCUGCUCCAGAACAUUCUGAAGAGAACCCAGCCUGGCUCCUCGGAGGAAGCAGAGGCCACGAAGGCACACCACGCCCUGGAGGAGCUGAUCCGAGACUGCAAUAAUAACGUCCAGCGGAUGCGACGGACGGAGGAGCUGAUCUACCUGAGCCAGAAGAUCGAGUUUGAGUGCAGAAUAUUCCCGCUCAUUUCACAGUCACGCUGGCUGGUGAAGAGCGGGGAGCUGACGGCCCUGGAGUUCAGUGUCUCCCCAGGGCUGCGGAGGAAGCUGAGCGCACGCCCAGUCCACCUGCACCUCUUCAAUGACUGUCUGCUGCUGUCUCGGCCCCGAGAGGGUAGCCGCUUCCUGGUAUUUGACCACGCUCCCUUCUCCUCCGUCCGAGGGGAAAAGUGUGAAAUGAAGCUGCAUGGACCUCACAAAAACCUCUUCCGACUCUUCCUGCGGGACAACGCACAGGGCUCCCAGGCUGAGUUCCUCUUCCGCACCGAGACUCAAAGUGAAAAGCUUCGCUGGAUCUCAGCCUUGGCCAUGCCAAGAGAGGAGUUGGACCUUCUGGAGUGUUAUGAGUCCCCACAAGUACAGUGCCUUCGAGCCUACAAACCCCGAGAGAAUGAUGAGUUGGCACUAGAGAAGGCAGACGUGGUGAUGGUGACUCAGCAAAGCAGUGAUGGCUGGCUGGAGGGCGUGAGACUCUCCGAUGGGGAGCAAGGCUGGUUCCCUGUACAGCAAGUGGAGUUCAUUUCCAACCCAGAGGUCCGUGCACGGAACCUGAAGGAAGCCCACCGAGUCAAGACUGCCAAACUACAGCUGGUGGAACAGCAGACCUAGCUGUUUUCUGGGAGGAAUCCCUUGAGCUUAAGGACAAGAUGUUCCUGCACAGGGCUGGCCCCAGAAUCUGGCCACAGAGGCCUUCUGUGCACCAGGAACUAGACCUUCUGAAACCCAAGGAUGACACCGAGCUGCCAGUCGCUAGUCCCAGGCCUCCAUUUUUUGUGCUUUGUGCUUGGUGGGGGGAUUUUCAGGGACUUUGCACUGGACUCUGGGAACCUUUUCUCAUAGGAAAAGGGACCAAUGGGGCCUAAGCCAAGGACCUUUACUUCUACUACCCUGCAGUACUUAAACGUUCUCUGCUUCCAGAGUACCAAUUCCAGUGACCAGAGUUUCCAUCACGGCCGUGUGUUAAAGAGAAUCUGACCUCAGCCCACUGGAGGGAGCUGUUUAAGGGGGAUGAACACAUCAGUUGGGAGGGUUAACCUGGUGACCUUUUAAGGUAUCUUCCAACCCUAGAGAUAUCCCAUAAUUGUCAGGGCGAGGUCAGUGCCUGCGUCUCUGGGAUCCAUCGGUGGCUAUGUGAGGGCGAUCCUCUCUCACUCUAAUAAACUUGGCACUUCUCCGAGUGUUUUCUCCCCAGACCCCGGAACAAGGUUCAGAACAUGGAAUCCUAUGAGGAUUCCAGGCUAUUUGAUUUAGGUGUCAUGAAGGACCACGGUGGUGCCUGGGUUAUGGUAGUAGUCGACUCUCUUUGACUCCUCAGAGUUUGGGCACUUUUUCUGCUUGUUAUGGCCUCAGAGGUUGUAUAAGGAAUUAAAAUGAGUUGAUGGGUGAUGAA